GUGGCGCAGGGCACGGUUUCCAGCCAACUCCGGGCCGCAGGGCUGCAGUGGGACGCCGGGCUCCGCGGGAGGGUCGGGAACAUGGCUAGGAAGGCUCUCAAGCUUGCUUCGUGGACCAGCAUGGCUCUUGCUGCCUCUGGGGGCUACCUCUACAGUAAUAAGUAUUUGGACCCUAAUGACUUUGGCGCCGUCAGAGUGGGCAGAGCAGUUGCUACGACAGCUGUCAUCAGUUACGACUACCUCACCUCCCUGAGGAGUGUUCCCUAUGGCUCAGAAGAGUACUUGCAGCUGCGAUCCAAGGUGCACCUCCGCUCUGCCAGGCGUCUCUGUGAGCUCUGCUGUGCCAACCGGGGCACCUUCAUCAAGGUGGGCCAGCACCUGGGGGCCCUGGACUACCUGCUGCCGGAGGAGUACACCAGCACGCUGAAGGUGCUGCACAGCCAGGCCCCGCAGAGCAGCAUGCAGGAGGUCCGCCAGGUCAUCCGCGAGGACCUGGGCAAGGAGAUCCACGAUUUGUUCCUGAGCUUCGAUGACACCCCCCUGGGGGCCGCAUCCUUGGCCCAGGUCCACAAGGCAGUGCUGCGUGAUGGGCGGACAGUGGCCGUGAAGGUCCAGCACCCGAAGGUACAGGCUCAGAGCUCGAAGGACAUUCUUCUGAUGGAGGUGCUUGCCCUGGCUGUGAAGCAGCUGUUCCCAGAGUUUGAGUUCAUGUGGCUGGUGGAUGAGGCCAAGAAGAACCUGCCUUUGGAGCUGGAUUUCCUCAACGAAGGAAGGAAUGCGGAGAAAGUGGCCCAAAUGCUCAAGCACUUUGACUUCUUAAAGGUCCCUCGGAUCUACUGGGAGCUGUCCACCAAGCGGGUCCUCCUGAUGGAGUUCGUGGAGGGCGGGCAGGUCAACGAUCGGGACUACAUGGAGAGGAACAGGAUCGACGUCAACGAGAUCUCCUGCUCCCUGGGCAAGAUGUACAGUGAGAUGAUCUUUGUCAACGGCUUCGUGCACUGCGAUCCCCACCCGGGCAACGUGCUGGUGCGGAAGCAUCCGGACACUGGCAAGGCAGAGAUCAUCCUGUUGGACCACGGUCUCUACCAGGUGCUCACGGAAGAGUUCCGCCUGGACUAUUGCCACCUGUGGCAGUCUCUGAUCUGGAUGGAUAUGGAGGGCGUGAAGAGGUACAGCCAGCGCCUGGGGGCCGGGGACCUCUACCCCUUAUUUGCCUGCAUGCUGACAGCCCGGUCCUGGGACUCAGUCAACAGGGGCAUCAGCCAAGCUCCAGUCACUGCCUCUGAGGACUUAGAGAUCCGCAACAACGCAGCCAACUACCUCCCCCAGAUCAGCCAGCUCCUCAAUCACGUGCCUCGCCAGAUGCUGCUCAUCUUCAAGACCAACGACCUGCUGCGCAGCAUCGAGGCCACCCUGGGCACCCGCGCCUGUGCCAGCUCCUUCCUCAACAUGUCACGGUGUUGCAUCCGGGCGCUAGCCAAGCACAAGAAGAAGAAUACCUGUUCAUUCUUCAGAAGGAUCCAGAUCUCUUUCAGCGAGGCCUUUAACCUAUGGCAGAUCAGCCUUCAUGAACUCCUGCUGCGUGUGAAGGGGCUGAGGCUGGCCAGCUGGGUCUCGGCCCUGCUUUGCUGGCUCUUCCCUGUUUCACUUUGAGUUGCUUCUUAACUCCUGCCCCUUCCUGGUGGAUUUCCACUCCUCAGUCUUUCCUGCGUUCCCUGGCUCCACCCAAUUGCCCCUUUUCUGCCCCAUUGUGGUCAGCAGUCCCAGGGUCGCUCAUGUUCCCUGGCACUGUCAUGCUUCACCUUUGGAAUCCCUGUCCCCAUGCUUGUCUCGGGGCCUCUGGAACAGGCACUGUGGACUCGGUUUCUGUCCUUCCCCAGGGAGAAGAUGCAGCAGCCCCCCACUCCUGGUGGGGCCACUGGCUGGACGCCACCCACAUUCUGAGCACCCAUUCUAUUUCAGCGUGGAGCAGAGGGGCCACUGAGAGCACCUUCAGCUUGUAGGAGGUUUGCUUUUGUUGGUGGCGAGCAUGAUCCCUGAACCUGAGAGAGAACAGGUUCUCUCCCCUUGCCAUGUCGCUCUCCAGAGGUGCCAGAUUGGAGUGGGUCACUGCUGUCAUGGUGACCCCGAUGGUGGUUUAUGUAUUGUUUCAGUAAAUCCCUCUCCAGGUUGCAGGGUUCGUCUGUCCUAACUCACUGGUCCCUGCCCAGCCCCAGCCACAUGCCCAUUGGGACUGUGUCCCUGGCCCUUGCCAAGCAACUUACAGCAACUCUUGGAAGACCUAGGAAAAUAAACUCAGAGCUUGGUUGGUGGGAUUUUUAUUCUCAGCUGGGAGAGAAUCCACACUGAGCAGUCAUGGGCCUGAGUACCAAGUGCCAAGAGGGUCUUCCCCGUGUGAGCCGGGGCCACUUCCUGCUUCUUGGAGGCUUCUCUUUCCUUCUAAGUCUCUGAGGCCUUGACUGGGGGAGUUCGCAGCUCAGAGCUCAGCUGAAGCCUCAGACUUGGUUUUCCUUGGGUCCUCACCUCAUUCCCUGUGACCUGGGUCACCUGCCUUGGUCUCCUGAUGGUUCCCUGCCUUACCCUCUGAUGCUCUUUUGAUGACCCCAGCCUCAGGUUUGUGCUUCCACCUGGUCUUCCCAGCCCUUCUGAAGACUUUGGUCCUGUUCCUGAACCCUGGGCCACGGGCUGGGCUUCCCCUCUGAAGUCCCGGGGGCACCUGUUGGGACAGUGUCUACCCUGUUGCCUGCUGCCAGCAUUGCGUCCCGCCCGACUCCAUCAUCUGCUCCUGUUUUUGGAACACCCCCCCAAACUCUGCCCUAACACCCCCCAAACUCUGCCCUAACUCCUGUGGCCACGUGGUCUCCAGGUCUCUGCGACCUCAGAUCUGGCAGGCCCUGGCUUCCUGAGCACUCAUGUGCACAGCUGUUGAUUGUAUUCGGGUCUCUCUGAUCUUACUCAACCCCAAUCACAGGGGCAAAGCCCCCUGAGCCCGAGUCUCAUUUUCUCUUCUCUUUAUUUAUAAAACAACAAGCAGAUUUUCCAGUGA